GUCAUAUUGUCAACAAUAUUUUUGAGGUUAUUUGUCUGUUUGUUUACAUAGUUGAAAAAUGUUGCGAAAAAGUUUUUUGUACAUGUUUUUUAUUAUAGAAUUAAAUCAAGCUCUGAAAAAUGAAAUUAACAUAUUUGGCCCCGGACUAAAACCUGAAGAAAUCGUUAUGCCGGCACGUUAUUUUUAUGUAAAUUUUACAAAUAUAAAUUCCUUAUCUUACAAGCCUGAAUUGAAUAAGAACUUAGUGAUUGAUAUUUACGGCCGGUCUAAAACUAGUGAACAUUGCCGAGUUUGGGUAAACAAAUUGGACAGAAAAGAUGGCACGUUUAUUGUGCGCUAUAAAUUAUAUGAAACAUGUUUUGAUUUGUCUAUUCAUGUUUAUUAUAAGAGAAAAGAUGUAGUGCAGUCUCCUUACAAAUUUAAAGGUCCAGUCUACCCUGAUCAAUGUCAUUGUCCAGAUAUAGAUUUUGAACACUGGUUAAAAAGCUAUGGUUGCUCCAACACCUAUGAACAAAUUCACAAAGACCUUAAACCAUACCAGGAUAUAGAUAUGACAGAGAAAGUAAAAAAAAUUGUACAGCAAUAUCAUCAGCCUGAAAGUACCAGCUUUUGUCACUAUGUCGUUAAAGAAAAUGAGAUUUAUCGCAACUGUUACGGUAAACAUAUAGGUUUUAAUAUGUUUUCUGAUAACAUUUUGUUAGCCCUAUCAAGAAAGGUGAAAUUACCUGAUAUAGAACUGGUAAUUAAUCUUGGUGACUGGCCCUUGGUUCAUAAGGGUAGUGAACCAUUACCAGUAUUUUCAUGGUGUGGCAGUGAUGAAACAUUUGACAUUACAAUGCCCACCUAUGAUUUAACAGAAUCAGCAUUAGAAAAUAUGGGCAGAGUAACAUUGGAUACAUUGUCAGUUCAAAGUGGUGCAGAGCUAGCUUGGGACAAACGAGAACCUCGAGCCGUUUGGCGCGGCCGUGACUCGCGGGCUGAACGUCUAAAACUGAUUGAUAUCGCACGCGCCAAUCCGGAUUUAUUUAAUGCUUCUCUCACUAAUUUCUUUUUCUUUCGAGACAAGGAGGCUCAAUAUGGUCCAAAACAACCUCAUAUUUCAUUUUUCAAAUUUUUCGACUAUAAAUAUCAAAUUAACAUCGACGGCACGGUUGCAGCAUAUCGCUUACCGUACCUCUUAGCUGGCGGCGGCACGGUCUUAAAGCAGGAUUCUCCUUACUACGAACACUUCUACAAGCAACUCACUCCUUGGGAACAUUUCAUACCUGUCAAACGAGAUCUUUCCGAUUUAGUGGACCGUGUCAAAUGGGCGCGCGAAAAUGAUGACAAAGCGCAACUUAUAGCUAUGAAUGCAAAGAACUUUGCAAAUGAACAUUUACUUCCACAACAUGUCAUUUGUUAUCAUGCUGUAUUAUUUUGGGAAUGGAGUAAAUUGGUUAAAAGUAAAGUGCAUGUAGAAGAUAACAUGACGCAUGUACCUCAGGCAGCGUUUGAAUGCGAUUGUAGAUCUGAAAACCGUAAGAUCCGCGAAGAUCUGUAAUAUUAUAGUCAACGUUGAAUCUAAUGAUCAAACAAAUAAUCUCAGUGAAAUUUUAUUUUGAACUAAUGUUAGUGUUAAAAAUGGAUGAAGGAAGAGCUACAUUAAAACAUUAUUUACUAUGAUAAGUACAACUAUAGUCAAACUUGCAUAAUAUUUAUAUAUUUUAUUUUUAUGAAAACAUUAAUUAAUGUUCAUUAAAGAUUGAAAGUAUUU